UCUAGUUGUCCCGCCCUGUCCCCCUAAGGAACUAGUCGGUCUCGUGUGCUGAGUGGUACAAGCCGGCUAGCAUGGCGCUCUGCUGCAAAAAUUGUUCAUAAUAAUUUAGCAACGACAGAAAUAUUGCAGCGAUAUUGGACAGACAGGGACUUGGUUGCUAACAACCACAGACGCCAAAGUGGGAAAACGGCGGUGGGGUUGGUGCUUGGCUGAGGGGAAGUUCUCUCCUGAGCAGAUCCAGCGCCGCUCACACAGAACAUGGCGGAGCACCAUUCCAUCUCAGAGUGCAAGCACAAAGCGUCUUCGAAUGCCGGGGGCUCGCACUCUGGCAAUGGUCGACCGAAUUCCGUGGCUGGAGGUGGCAGCGGAGGCCUCUCUGGUGGACUGACGCAGCCGGCAGGAUGGCAGUCCUUGCUGUCGUUUACCAUACUCUUUCUGGCCUGGUUGGCAGGGUUCAGUUCAAGGCUCUUUGCAGUAAUACGCUUCGAGAGCAUCAUCCACGAGUUUGACCCUUGGUUCAACUACAGAGCCACACAUCACCUCACCUCCAACGGCUUUUAUGAGUUCCUCAACUGGUUUGAUGAGCGGGCCUGGUACCCUCUGGGCAGAAUAGUGGGAGGCACGGUGUACCCCGGUCUGAUGGUGACGGCGGGCCUCAUCCACUACCUGCUGAACCUGCUGCACUUGACGGUGCACAUCCGCGACGUGUGCGUCUUCCUGGCGCCCAUCUUCAGCGGCCUGACGGCCAUCUCCACCUUCUUGCUGACGCGCGAGCUCUGGAACCAGGGCGCCGGCCUGCUGGCUGCUUGCUUCAUCGCCAUCGUGCCCGGCUACAUCUCCCGCUCCGUGGCCGGCUCCUUCGACAAUGAGGGCAUCGCCAUCUUUGCCCUGCAGUUCACCUACUACUUAUGGGUGAAGUCUGUGAAGACAGGAUCUGUGUUCUGGGCCAUAGGAUGCUGCCUGUCAUACUUCUAUAUGGUGUCAGCAUGGGGAGGCUAUGUGUUCAUCAUUAACCUCAUCCCCCUGCAUGUGUUUGUUCUGCUGCUCAUGCAGCGCUACAGCAGGAGGCUCUACAUUGCCUACAGCACAUUCUAUAUCGUGGGCCUGGUGCUGUCAAUGCAGAUCCCCUUCGUGGGCUUCCAGCCAAUCAGGACCAGCGAGCACAUGGCUGCAGCAGGUGUGUUUGCGUUGCUUCAGGCGUACGCCUUCCUGCAGUACCUGAAAGACCGUCUGACCCGGCAGGAGUUCCAGACCCUCUUCUUCCUGGGGGUGUCGCUGGCCGCUGGGGCGGUCUUCCUCACGGUCAUCUACCUGACAUACACAGGCCACAUCGCCCCCUGGAGCGGGAGGUUCUACUCACUCUGGGACACCGGGUACGCCAAAAUCCACAUCCCCAUCAUCGCAUCUGUGUCAGAGCACCAGCCCACCACCUGGGUGUCGUUCUUCUUCGACCUGCACAUCCUGGUGUGCACCUUCCCAGCGGGCCUGUGGUUCUGCAUCAAGAACAUCAACGACGAGCGCGUCUUCGUGGCUCUGUACGCCAUCAGCGCGGUCUACUUUGCGGGCGUGAUGGUGCGCCUGAUGCUCACGCUCACGCCGGUGGUGUGCAUGCUGUCGGCCAUCGCCUUCUCCAGCGUCUUCGAGCACUACCUGGGCGACGACUCCAAGCGCGAGAGUCCACCCGCCGAGGACAGCAGCGACGAGGACGACAGGAAGAGCUCCGGAAACCUCUACGAUAAGGCUGGAAAGGUGCGUAAGCAUGUGUCAGAGCAGGAGAAGGCCGAGGAGGGCUUGGGGCCCAACAUCAAGAGCAUCGUGACCAUGCUGAUGCUGAUGCUGCUCAUGAUGUUUGCCGUCCACUGCACCUGGGUCACCAGCAACGCCUACUCCAGCCCCAGCGUGGUGCUGGCCUCCUACAACCACGACGGAUCUCGGAACAUUCUGGACGACUUCAGAGAAGCAUACUACUGGCUCCGGCAGAACACAGACGAGCACGCCAGAGUCAUGUCCUGGUGGGAUUACGGUUACCAGAUCGCCGGCAUGGCUAAUCGAACGACGUUAGUGGACAACAACACUUGGAACAACAGUCAUAUAGCACUGGUCGGCAAGGCAAUGUCAUCGAAUGAGAGCGCAGCGUACGAGAUCAUGAAGUCUCUGGAUGUGGAUUACGUCCUCAUCAUCUUUGGCGGUGUGAUCGGCUACUCUGGCGACGACAUCAACAAGUUCCUGUGGAUGGUGCGCAUUGCUGAGGGAGAGCACCCCAAGGACAUCCGGGAGAGCGACUACUUCACACCGCAGGGAGAGUUCCGCGUGGACAAGGCCGGGUCCCCCGUGCUGCUCAACUGCCUCAUGUACAAGAUGUCCUACUAUCGCUUCGGCGAGAUGCAGCUGGAUUUCCGCACGCCGCCGGGAUUCGACCGCACGCGGAACGCCGAGAUCGGCAACAAGGACAUCCACCUGAAGCACCUGGAGGAGGCGUUCACCUCGGAACACUGGCUGGUCCGCAUCUACCGCGUGAAGAAGCCGGAGAACCGGCAGGGCCUGGACCACAAGCCCCGGAACCUCAGCCAGAAACAGAAGUACAUCUCCAAAAAGACCUCUAAGAAGAAGAGGGGUUACAUAAAGAACAAGCUCAUGAUGAAGAGAGGCAAGAGGCCGAACAGAAGGUCUGUUUAACUGCCACCAGAAGGGACAGGGAAAAAAAUAAAGACGCAAAUCUCAAAGGACAACUUCGAAAAAAUAAAAAAUACAAAAAAAAGAGACAAUGAAAAAGCAGCAAGCUAAGUAAUCCACCAAUCAAGGCGAAGAAGAGGAAGAGAGAAGAGAGAAGAGACGGCCGUUGUCUGAAGAGGUGCCGAGAGGAGGUAGUGUGCAGCACGAGGUUGCAGUGCUGGGUUAUGACGACAUGGAGCUCUGCGGCCUGAAUGCCUCUGUUUAUUUGUCUUUUUGUUUUCUUUCGUUUUUCCUGUGGGGGUUGUUAGGAGAGGGUGGGAUGGGAUGGAGGGAGGGAGGGAGGGAGGGGGAGAGAGAGAGAAGAGAGAGAUGAGCAAAGCCAGAGCGAGUCUGCAGCCCAUGUUUUUGUUUUUAUUGUGACCAUUAUCAUCAUCAUCUGCACUUGGCAUGUGUUCCUUCUGUGUAGUGAGUCUCUGUUCGACGUGUUGGCUUUUGUACUUGAAUGUUUUGAUAGUACUGGGCAAGUGGUCUUUACAUCCCCCUCCCCCCCUCCCCCCACAAUCACCACCACCACACCAUGUUCCCACUGAUUAUCCCACUGAUAUGAUAGAAGCAUAUGGCCAUUUUAGAGAACAAUGCCAUGUUUGAUGAGAGUCCCAGCCGUGUGUGGCCCCUAAAGGUGGUGGCACCAAAGAUAGUUUGUUGCUCAGGGCAAGAGUGAUUGUGGGGUGGGUGGGUGGGGGGGGGGGGGGGGUGGUUAGUUAGUUUAUAACCAGUAAAGGUGGGGUCCGAGAAGAGGAGUGAUGUGUGUAGAUCAGUCACUCUGAAUGCUCAUUCUUGAAUUGUGUGCACGCCCGCCUUAUUUAAAAAAAACAACAAAACAAAAAAAAACAACAACCAAUUAUAAAGGAUUUCUAGAUGAAAUAUGGGCAGUUUUUCUUGGGUAAUUUUUAAAAUGUAUUUGCUUAUUUUUUUUUUUUUUUUUGUCAUUUUGUUCCUUCCUACUAGUGUUUUUUUGUUUUUUUGUUUUUUUACUGAUUGUAAAAAAUUGAAAGAAAGCGUUGCAAUAAUAUCUAAAAGUGGGGAGGGGAAAACUUAAGAAAUGAAGUUCUAGAUUUGUUUGGUUUAAUAUAAAUAAUAAAAGCCUCCCAUUCUGA